AUGGUUCAAGAUUUCUUCAAUGUUCUCAUCUCGAUGGACAUCAAACGCAAACCGGCGCCAACUCUCUCGCCAGUCGAGUAUGGCGUCGUGCAGCGACCCCUGACACCCGCUCCGCCGCCUCCGCCCCCGUACUCCCCCAGUCCCUACGUCGCCUACAAUCCCUACACCGCGUAUUCCCCGGCCUCCGGUUCUCCUCACUCUCCUCACUCCCGCUCCCCUCAGUUUCCUCCACCUUCACCAGCUCCAUCUCUCUCGCCAUCCCUCCAACCUCCUCGCCCUCAUCCGCUUCCUCGACACCGAAGUCAACCGAAUCUCCGACCGCCGCCAAACACACAACCACCACCGCCGAUCCCCCGAGCAGAGACGUCUCUUCCACCUCCACCCGAAUCCUCCUCAGACAAACCCUCCUUCGCCGCCGACGCGCGCCAUUUCCUCGGCGGCCUCAUCCACCACCCCUCCGAAUCGACAAAACACUACUCCAUCCUCCGCCACUCGCACGGCGUCGUCUUCUACCGCGGCCCCACGACCUCCGUAACCGUCUCGAUCUUCGCUGACGCCCCACUCCCCGCAGACCGAUCGCUCUGGCUACAAUGCAAAGGGUGGAGUGGAAAGACGGGAAUGCGCGCGAAGGCGCUCUUUCGGCUUCAUGACGACUGGGUGGACGUUUCGCCGUCGGUCGCGAUGCGUGCAGAUCAGGUUGAGACAAACAAGGAGCGCGCGUGGCAGCGAGAUAUUGCCAAGUUCUACAAGAAGGCGUCCAAGCGCGUCCGGGAUACGCAUCGGCUGCGGGAGACUACCGUUGCGCGAAUACCGCCGGAUGCAGAGGACGGUUACUUUCAGCUGAUCCUGUGUCAGGGCGAGAAGAAGGUUCUUUGUCGCAGUCCGGUCUUUCGCAUCCUCUCUACCUCAAUCGAUCCGAGUUCGCUCCGCGGCGCGAGCCUCACGACCCUGCCGCUGGAAGUCGGUGCACUCGUCGCCGGGACAUACGCGCAGGCAAUGGCUUCACGAUUUGUGACUCCGGUGACUACCGUCGCCUCGACCGUCACUGCACGAUACAGACCUGGCUGGUUGGGGGAAACAGCCAUAACUACAGCAUACGAAGCGAUAACCAGCCGCUCGGACGAAAACACCCCAGAUUCACAUGCACCACCCUCAAUUGAAAACGGUCCUCAAACGCCCUACCCACUCAGCGUCACUUCGCGCCCAAUCCAAUUCCUUGACCCCACCCGAAUGACUGUCAAAAUUCCCUCCGACAUUCAAGACAAGCUACGCGGCUUCUUCUUCGGCUGGACGCGCCUUGCCCCAGACCAACCCUGGCAAAUGAGCAUCCUCUCCGUCCGCUCCUGGGACGGCACAGCAGCCACAGGCCCCGUCUCGCUCUCCCACACAACUCGCAAAGUCGCGACCCUCCGCCUGCUCCACGAUCCAAUCCCACAUCCGCCUCCGUCCUCACUCACCGUUCGCCUCCUCGGCUUUCUUCGCCCGGAUCUCCCGCCCCCGUCCGCGCGCACAGAACGCGAUCUUGCCGCUGCGCAUGCAGCAGCGGCAGAGGCGGCUAUCCAGGCGGAGUACUACGACACAGAGUACGUCCAGGCGAUCCUCGACCACCCGCUCUGGGCGCCGGACGCUACGCCCGACCGGAAGGGGUGGUUUGACCGGACGAAGGACGGCGCUGGGAAUGUCGUGACGCGUGGGCAGAAAAUUAUUGAGAAGAUUGGGGUGCGGAGUGGGCUUGAGCACGAGGCUGUCGGGGGGUAUUACAUUGUCCGGGACAACUGA